GAAGAAAAUGCUCGGAAAAGAAUCCUGUGUCCUUUAGAUCCAAAACACACAGUAUAUGAAGAUCAACUAGCAAAGCAUCUGAAGAAAUGUAACUCAAGAGAGAAGCCAAAACCUGAAUUCUUUAUUCAAGAUAUUAAUGCGGGCUUAAAAGAUGAAACAGAAGUACCUGAGCAACUAGUUCCAGUUUCCUCUCUAUCUGAAGAGCAGUUGGAAAACUUAAUUAAGAAAUUGAGAAAAGCAAGUAAAGGUUUGAAUUCUACACUUGAAGAUCACAUUAUGUCCCAUCCGGCGUUACAGGGUGCCCUUAGUGACCCCAAAAAUGGUGAUUCUGCCAUCAAGCACCUAAAGCAACAGGCUUCUAUUUUAGGUAACAUUGAAAAAUUAAAGUUACUUGGCCCAAGAAGAUGCUUUGUUGAGUUUGGAGCAGGAAAAGGAAAAUUAUCUCAUUGGGUUGAUAUUGCUUUAAAAGAUGCUGAAAAAGUUCACUUCAUCCUAGUAGAAAAAGUGACCACAAGAUUCAAGGUAGAUGGCAAACACAGAAGGAAAAAUUCAGUGUUCGAAAGACUUCAAAUUGACAUUCAGCACUUGUGUCUGAACAAGAUCCCCGUGCUCCGGGAAGGAAAGCUGCCUGUGGUAGGAAUUGGGAAGCAUCUCUGCGGUGUGGCCACAGAUCUUGCAUUACGAUGUUUGGUUGAAACCUGUGCUGCCAGUUAUGAGGAAAGGAGUGAAGAGCCCUUAGCCAAACGCGUAAAGAAUGAUAAAACAGAAAAAGAAAUUAACACUUUGCCCAAGGAGAGAAGUGAGAAAAGUGUCGCAGAGAAGCGGACCCCCGUGGCCGGCAUUGUUAUUGCGCUCUGUUGUCACCACAGGUGUGAUUGGAGACAUUAUGUGGGCAAAGAAUAUUUCAGGGCGCUAGGCCUUGGAGCAGUGGAGUUCCACUAUUUCCAGCGAAUGAGUAGCUGGGCGACUUGUGGGAUGCAGGACGCGUCGCUGGAAUCUUCAGACACGGCCCCCGAGAGAAGGCGCGACCUGACCGAGGAGAGCGGGCAGCACGGCGGCGGCGAGGGCAGAGGCGCGGGGCAGCGCGCCGGCGGCUCGCCCGGGCUUCUUACUGUUGAAGAAAAGAAGAAAAUAGGACAUCUUUGUAAACUGCUGAUUGAUCAAGGCCGAAUCCAGUAUUUAGAGCAGAAAGGAUUUCAUCCUGCUUUACAGUACUACACAGACCCUAUGGUGUCUUUGGAAAAUGUAUUGUUAACUGCUUUACCAGUUCAUUCUUCAUCACCAGAAACAACUGCUUAACGGAAAAGAGACUUGAAUAUCAUCUGUCUUCCACCAAAAAUACCUUUUUAAAUUAUAUUUUUAUAUUUACAAAAAUAUGAUUUGAAUAGCAGAUCUUUAAAAAAACACCGUGGCCUCAUUCAUCUGUGGCAGCAGCUUUGCUUUUUACUUGAGAAAUCCAGAGUGUUCACCAAAUUCUGAAAAUAAUCCUCUUCGGCAGGGCAUUUUGAAUUACAUUAUCCAUCAGUAUUCGUACAGGUUGGUAAAGUAUCUGAACACUUGGCUUGGUCAUCUGAAACACAAAACACAUCAACAUGCAAGUGACAUGUUAACUUUGUAUUUUUAUUAAUUGGGGAAAUUUGUUUCCUUUGGUUGUAUUUAAUAUUUUUUAUAUCCCAAGUUCAAGACGUAAUAAUCAGUUGUCAGCUUGUAAUGAGGGCCAGUCUUAGAAUUUAGCAUAUAUGUGGGUUUUAUUUUUCUAUGCAGAUGUGGAGCCAGGAGUGGUGCCACAGCACUCAGGAGGCUCAAGCGGGUGGGUCAUGAUUUCAAGGCCGGGCCAGGCUACACAGCGAGACCCUGUCUCACAAAACCACAGGGAAACAGCCAAACAAGUAGAAACCCACAGAUCUAGAAAGGGUGUUCGUGAUCGGUAGUGAAAUCACCCUCCAGCUUCCAGAUCCCUACACAGGUAUUUAUAUACUCCCAGAGUUUGUCCAUGACAAACACCAAAACCGAAGAGAUGUCAAGAGUGUUUUCAAAAAUCACUUCAUUUUUUAUUGAAUUAUUAUAAGACUUUAAAAAGAUAUGUAUAAGCAUAAAUCACAAAGUAAAUUUGAAAUUUGCAAAUAGCUUCUAAGUUAUACACACAUAUAUACACAUGUAUAUAAUUUAUCAGGCUUUUUCUUACAUACGUAAUACAAAUGAUAAGUAUGUUCACACCUGUUUGGGAAAAUAACUUGGAAUACGGUGGAAAUUUAACCGAUGAAACCAAAAACCUUGUCACAUUUAGGCCUUAUUUACUGAUGAACAGUUUCUAUGCACAAGCAAACAUUAAACCAAACAUAUGGUAGAACUGUUAUUCUCUUCCACAUCUUAUCCUUGAUUUGUUUCUGCAUUUAUUUGUAAAAAUUGUCUUAAUUGUCAAAACAUAUGCCAAGACAAAGAUCCAGAAUUAUGAAUUUCAAAUAUGAUACUGAUAUUCUAAGGUGACUAUUUUUAUCCUGUAGGUUUAUGACUAGAAGAGUUGUAAAUAGAAGCCUAGCCCAUUUUUAAUUCCUGACUUUUCCGCUUUAAUUUAAUCACAUGCGUUUUGUCAGUCUGCCUGGGUUCAAGUCCCAAUCGUGUCACCUCUCAGUGCGUGACCGUGGGCAAACUGCUUAUCUCUUUGUGCCUCAGCUUUCUCCUCUAAACGGAGGUGAUGACGAUGAUGACGUGGUGACAGUGAAACCUACCUCCCAGGGCUGUACCACAAGGAAAACGCUUAGAGCCAGCCCACGCACAAAGGAACUAACAAAUGCUAACCAGAAGUAGUAAUUCAUGAAUCUACUUUUAAUAACACAAUAGGCAGGCUUUUGUUUGAUUAUCGCUUUAAGUUGUUAACUUUUUCCUCUUGUUAUAACUAUGUCAAAUAUUACUAAAAUAAAGUAAUUUGAUUAUUUUUAAGUUACCCAUGUUCCCUAACCUACAACAUAAAUGAAGGUGAUACAUCUUUCAGUAAUUAGCCUUGUUUUAUUGUCAGAAAUGCACCUUUGUGGGGUAAAAUUUAUUUUGUAUCAUUCAACAAUUUAUGCCCAGAAAUAAAAGACAUUCUACAAGAAA